CGAGAGCUCAGAGAGCAGCACAAGCACGCAACGCAAAUCACGCUCUUUCUUCUGUCUACAGUCACAGAGAAUCAUGGGUAAGCCCCGCGGUCUUCGAACUGCCCGAAAGCACGUCAAUCACAGGCGUGAUCAAAGAUGGAACGACAAAGACUACAAAAAGGCACAUCUUGGCACGAGAUGGAAGGCCAAUCCUUUCGGAGGUGCCUCUCAUGCAAAAGGCAUCGUACUUGAGAAAGUUGGUGUUGAAGCCAAACAGCCCAACUCUGCCAUUAGGAAGUGCGUCAGGGUACAGUUGAUCAAAAAUGGAAAAAAAAUCACAGCUUUUGUACCAAGGGACGGUUGUCUCAAUUCCAUUGAGGAGAACGAUGAAGUCUUAGUUGCAGGAUUCGGUCGUAAAGGCCACGCUGUUGGUGACAUUCCCGGAGUCAGGUUUAAGGUUGUCAAGGUUGCCAACGUUUCUUUGCUUGCUCUUUACAAAGAAAAAAAGGAGCGUCCGAGGUCUUAAGAUACAUUUUUGUUUUGUAAAAAUAAAAUAAAUCUAUAAA